AAGUAGGAAACACACACAAAGAUCGGCGGAAUCUCCCGUUAGCUGUUACAAAAGAGACAGAUCUGAGAUUUUGUUCAAAAUUCGCCGAAAAGCAGCUAGUAAUACGGAGCUGGUAUUUCAUGAAAAAUGAACAGCACGGACUGUCACACGGAACAGAUUGACUGCAGUGCUGACGAGGGUUUACCGGGAUGUCCACUGAAGACUUCCGAUCUCAUCGUUAUAGGCAUGCUGGCCGUAUUCAGCGUCAUAGGCAUCAUAGGAAAUGGAAUUGUCAUUUUUGUGUACACGAAGAAAAAGGAUAAGCUCACCUCGUCAGUUUUCAUUCUUGGGUUAGCUGUGUACGACUUUUUGACCUGUUCUGUUAUAAUACCGUAUACUGCGUGUAUGAUAUACCUUAGGUUUAUGAUUCUGUACGACGCUCUGUGUAAAAUCUACAUGUUUCUUCUGACCUUCAGCGUACCCCUGUCUGCGUUUUUAAUGGUGGCCAUUGCUGUGGACCGUUAUCUCUGCAUCUGCCAUCCAUUUUUGCAUCUGUUGAAUAAAACUCGGGCCAGGGCUGUGAUUGUCCUGUUGACAGUCUUCGCCUGUGUUCUGGGUACACUUAGCUGUAUAUCCUAUUCUGUGUACAUGUAUGCAGAUCCAUCCCAUGUGGAGUUUUCAGACUGCACUGAAGCGACACCGUAUCAGCAGGAAGAAUACACUGGUCAAUGUAAUUAUCCAGGAAUAAUUGUGGGCAUGGCUUACUUUAUAACGUGGCAGAAAAUUUAUUCUUCGUUUUAUUUGAUAUCCCUGAUAAUUGUGCUGUUGCUUUAUACUAUGAUUUAUUAUUCCGUCACCCGACGAAGAUCUAAGAGAAGAAAACAAAAGGCUAUAAAUAACAUUAGUCUUCAGGCCUUUCUCAAAGAGCCCCAAAAACAAAAUGCCUCAUCCCCAACUCCGCCAUUUACUGUCCUGUCUGCUAACGACAACAACGAAAACGCCAAAGAACAAAAUAUUUUGCAGGUGGAAGUACGUGAAAAUGGCGUCUCUUCUCUACCAGUAGAAAAUACAGACGAGGCGAUGCCUCUGCAGCAGAAACAGGCCCAUAAAAAUCAUCACCGCUAUAUCAAAGAUCACGAUACAAUAGCAAACAUAAAGACAGCAUUAAUGUUAUUUAUUGUUGCCGUUGUCUUUAUCAUUGCCUUUUUCCCUACUUGGUUGAUGGCACUAGGUGCCGUUACCCACAAUGACAUUGUUUUUAUAUGUACUUUGUGUAUAAUGUUACUAAUCCUAUGA